GAAUUUGUUAUUUUUACAAACAUCUCAGCAUUUAGGUUAUUGUAUUUUCAAUUAUACACGGGUGUACAUGUGCACAAAUAACAUAAACACCUAAUAGGAGUAAGUUUGGUUGCAUACAUAUACACUUAACUUUCUCAACUAUUUCAGAAAUGAAGCCAGCAUCAAUAUUCUUGUCUGUUCAAGAGGAGGAGGGGGUCUGUUAGUGGAGCGCAUGGAACUAGUUGCCGAGUUAUGGCAGGAAAACUUUAAGCCAUAUAAAUCUUUGAUGCAGGCUUGGGAAGCAAUUCACAAGAACAAGUCAAGCAAUGUAGUUGCACCACCUGAGAUGCAAGAAGGAAAGAAGAAAUGGAGCAUUGAAUCAAACAGGUUUGGUUUUUCGGGCGAGCUUCUAGGUAGAGUCUCUCCCUUUCGGCGUUCACGAGCUGCUGCUGCAGGCAUAUCUCCCUGCAGAAGUAAACCACAAUCUCCAUUUCAGGGCGUGAAGUUGCUCGGUGAUGCUAAAGAAACUGAAAUCAAUAAAUCAGGCAAUUUGAAAUUCUACAGCACUGGACUUGGUAAAGUACAAGGGGUUCCAAACCAAGGAGCCAAAAGAAGUUCAUAUUCAGGAAGUUUGGCAAUUGAAAAGACAUUGUAUAUAGACAUUAUAUCAUGUUUGAUUUGAAAACAUGAUAUAAAUUUUGUUUUGGAUUAUUGCAAUAGUAUUUCAAUUGAAGAUUAA